UUGGAGCACUACAGUUCUGCUACGGACAGUCACGAGAGCUAAGCGGCGAGCGUCAAAUGGAAUCUAACCGGACCGCAUCCAAAGAGGACGAACAUGGCAGUGCUGCGCAAAGCGUGGAACAUCAUCCGAUGAUCAAAUUCAUCGAGCUACAGGACAAGCAAAACAAUGCAACGGAAGUACAAAUUCCAGUACCGUACGGUAGCAUUGCCGGCAAGUGGUUCGGUCCUAAGGAUAUCCGGCCAAUCCUGUGCCUUCAUGGGUGGCUUGAUAACAGUGGCACGUUCGACCGGUUGAUUCCAUUGCUGCCGGAAAAUGUCAGCUUUCUCGCUAUCGAUCUGCCCGGCCACGGCUAUUCCUCGCGGAUACCCAACGGGAUGGCGUACUACCAGACCGAUUGUAUCCCUUUGAUACUGCACAUAAUGCGCGAGUACGGCUGGUCGAAGGUGUCCCUGAUGGGCCACUCGAUGGGUGCGAUCAUAUGUUUCAUUUUCGCCGCCCUGUUCCCAGAAAAGGUAGAUCUGCUGAUCGGUUUGGACGCACUGAAACCCCUCUCCUACCAGCCCGAACGGUUUCCGCAGCGUGUGAACAAGAUGAUGCAGAAGUUCAUCCAAGCAGACAUUCGCAAUCAAGAGCGAUCGGAACCACCCUCGUACACUUACGAAGAGAUGAUGGAUCGAUUGUACGAAGGGACGUCCGCCUCGGUGUCCAGGGAAACGUGUCCCUAUCUGUUGCAGCGCAACAUUAAACCUUCGCGUAAGUUCCCCGGGAAGUAUUUCUUCGAUCGCGACAAUCGAAUGAAGUACAACGUGAUCCCGGGCUGGGCGGACAGUAUUAACGUGGAGUUGGCCAAACGUAUUAGCGCACCGUUUCUGACGGUGAAGGCGCUUGACUCGCCGUACCCGGGUUCGAAGGAAGGCUUCGAACAAACCGUGGCUGUGCUGAAGGAAUCGAACCCGAAGUACGAGGUGGUCUUCGUCAAGGGUUCGCACCAUGUCCAUCUGACGGAACCGGAAAACGUUGUGCCCAUCAUAGUGGACUUUUUGCGGAAACACUGGCACAAGGAGCAGGAUAUCGUUAGCAAACUGUGAGGCUUUGGGAGGGAAAAUUGGUGCACAGGGUUUUAUGAUAAUGGUUGUUAGAAAAUGUUAAUAAAUUGAUCAUGCAUCUAAUGCGCUUA